GCACCCUUAGUACUGUAAGCACACUAUAACUGUAGGCUGAAUGAAUAGUUUGACAGAUUAUUUGUUGUAUCUAAAACUAUUUUAACAGAACUCCCUGUACAGAGAGCCAAAGUGAAAGUGGAACUUCCAGGUUCUGUUACAGCUCCACUUGUAACUACUUGUAAUAACUAAAAAUACAGCAUUGGAAUAGAGCCUUUCUCAAUAGUAUGUCAUGUGGCUGGCUCCAUGUCUGUAAAUAAGGAUGCAUGACUUGCAUUUCAAGGUUGCCUAUGUUUGUCGCACGUAGAUGGUCUUAUCUUUAUCUUUGAUUCUUCGGAAAGAGAGGCAGUUUUUCUAUAAAUAGCUGAAAUAUUAUUUCUGUGUCCACUCCCAUUCCCUUGUAUGUUCCACAUAUGCACAGACGUUCCUGUGCUCAGGGUUCCAGCUUCUACAGAGAAAUUGGAGUAGAAGCCUCACUUCACCCUGUAGACUUUGUCCACAUGUAUGGCACAAAUUAAACUGUUUCCACUGCUUUGAAUAGAAUGAGGAGGGAGGAAAUACUGACAAAUGUCAAGGAUGUAGCACAAAUGUAGUGGUGAAAGCAGGGCCAUAGUGUGUACAGACAGCGAAAGUGAAAGGUUCCAUGUGUAUACAUAGGAUUGAAUGAUUUUUGAAGAAUGAUCUAAUAACAUAGUUUAUUCAGUAUUGUGAGAUGGAUUUCUGUCCUUGUUGUGUGCUCAGGGUGUAAUGAAGAACUAAUAAACCCAGAUGGAAAUAAUGUUAUAUAAUGUUGUAAAACCUCAUAGUGAAAGCUUCAGACAGUAUAUAGAGUCUGUUGAAAAGAGGGCUGAAAAAUACAUUUAUUUAUGUAGAUUAUGCAGAAAAUGAAUUAUAGAUACUUGAUUAUUGAUAACACUAAUAACCACUGCAGAUGCAUGUUUUCAUUUGCUGAUUCAGUUAGAUGUACAGAUGUGACAAUGGAAGUAUAAAGGGGGACAAGGGUUCACCUAGGGUGUGUAUGUACAGGGUCCAGAUUUUUGUGCUACACUGCUUUUACUUUUGGCCUUGUUAGGGUGUUAGAUUAUAUUCUUGGUUUAUUAUUACUGAUGCAUUAUUGUGUAAGCAGCAUUCUAAUGUUUAGCUGGUUGAGUUAAAGCUCAUUUUAACAACUUAAUAUAUUGUUUGGUAAUCUACAAUGGUGCAUAAUAGUUAAUUAAAAAAAACAUAAUAACCAAUUCAUUUUAUUCAUAUAAUGUAUUAUUUUUCAAGAUACUUGGAGACACUUUUAGAUUUUAGAGGUUGGUCAAAUGUAUUAAGUAGCAUGGUUUAAUUAUAACCUACUGACCCACCUCAAUGGACACACCUGAGCUAAAAAUGGGCACCAGUGCAAGAUUCAUACUUCCUUUAUCUUUUCAAAGAUUUAUUUUUAAACCUUCACAGGAAACACCUGCCCCUAUCUUGUGGAUCAGUUUCAGUUGGAUGACAUGCUGUAAUGUAAAACCUCAUUCAGCGAUAAACUGGAACAACAAAUCUUUUGUCAUUAUCUUUGUGUCACUACAUAAAUAAGUUGUGACAUUCGUUCUAUUUAAUUCAACUUUAAAUUCUUAGUUUUUAUAUUUAGACCACUUCAGAAAUGAUAGUUAUACUGUACAGAAGUUAUACAGAAGUAGACUGAAUUUUAAUUGAAUUUAUUGGACAUAGCGUAGAAAGACACACAGCUGUUUAUAUAAGGUCCCACAAUUCACACAGUGUGCAAAAAAGAAAUCCAAGCCAUGAACUUUCUGUAGACUGCUGCAACAAAAUUUUAUAGCAAAACACAGAUUAGGGCAAGGUUAUAAAACCAUUUCUAAAGCUUUGAGUGUUCUCAGGAGCACAGUGACCUCAAUAAAUAUAAAAUGGAAAUAAGUUCAGAACCACCAGGACUCUUCAUAGAGUUGGCCACCCAGCCAACCUGAGCAGCUGGGCAAGAAGGGCCUUGGUCAGGGAGGUGACCAAGAACCCAAAUAGCCACUUAAACAGGGCUUCAGAAGUCCUCUGCAGAGACAGGAGAACCUGCUGGAAGGACGACCGUCUCAACUGCACACCAUCAAUCGGCAGCAGGGACAGGGAGACUGGUCAGAAUUGAGGCAAGGAUGAAGCUAGCCGAAUACAGACAGGUCCUCAAAAAGUGCAUGUGACCUGAGAUUGGGGCGAUGGUUCACCUUUCAGCACAACCUGAGAAGGCUGGAAGCCCUAAUUGCUGCCAGACGGGCUUCUACAAAGUACUAAUUUCAGAGUCUGAAUAGUUUUGUAAAUGAGAGAUUAUGUGUGUAUGUAGUUUUGUUUUUGUUUUUGUGGGUCCAACAACUGCUCUACUUAUGGGAUGCAACAGUGGGGACACAAGUUUAAAUGGUUGUUUGAGGGACCUGGUUAGGAUUAGGGUUGGGUAUUCAGUUGUGAUGGUUAAGGUGAGGUGAAGGGGCUAGGGAAUGUGUUAUGUCAGUGAUGGAUCCCCACAAAGAUAGGUGUAAAAGAACGUCUGUGUGUGUGUGUGUGUGUGUGUGUGUGUAUAAAUUUUAAGUGUUGCUACAUAAUUUUGUAACUGAAUACCCUUGUGUUUUGUUGCUGCAAGAAAAUCAUCAAAACUAAUCUAACAGAGACAUGAAAACAUGAUGUCUUCAUGUAGUCUGUUCAACAAAUUAUGUUUUCACCUGGUUUAAUUAUAGAAUAGAUGUUAAAACCUGCUGCUGAAUUGUUGCCAUAUGGCAAAACAGUACCAAAAAAGAAGCCAGAAUUUCUACAUUCCAUGUGCGUUAUUCCAAGUGACAUCACAUGACAUGAUUGGAGAAAUGAUAAAUUAGAUCUCAAGUUCAAGAAUUUCAUUGACAGCUCUGUCUUCUGUGGACACACCGGAGCGAUACCACCAGAUACUCAAUAUAUUAUAUAUAUUUGAGAAGGGAUCUUAGAAAUCAAGGAUACUUUGAAGAAGAUUUGAACUCACUAAAACAACAAAGUAAGGAGAUGAAUCAUUUCCUUCAUUUCUACAUCUUUGCCUUAGUUUUACUAAACCGUUUUUUCGGUACCACAUGUAUCAAUGGUGCCACAGCUCCAGGUGACGUCAUUAUUGGGGGAUUGUUCCCAAUACAUGACAGCGUUAGUGUUACCAAGAGAGACGAUGGCACUGAGAGCAUCAGCUGUGACAGGUUCAGCACAGCUCGACUGGUCCAGUCUCUGAUUAUGGUGCAUGCGGUGGAGGAGGUAAAUAAGAACCAUGAGUUGGGGAACCUCACCCUGGGAUAUACUAUACUGGACUCCUGCUCUGAUGUGACCACUGCCCUGAAUAACACCCUGUCAUUCAUGAAGAGAAACACGUGUGCACAGAAUAGCAGUCUGGAUGGUGCAGAGCAGCCCUCCCCACCAGUGUUGGCUGUCAUCGGUGAUUACUACUCGGAGAUAUCCAUAGCAGUCACAAGGCAACUCAACCUGGAACACAUCCCUCAGAUAAGUUAUGGUGCAACCUCUGGUCUCCUGAGUGAUAAAGUACGUUUUCCAAGCUUUAUGAGGACAGUGCCAGAGGACGAUCACCAAGCGCAAGCCAUCAUCAAGAUUCUACGGAAACACCAAUGGAAUUGGGUCGGUGUAGUGACGACUGAUAGUGACUAUGGUCGCUAUAUAGCUGAUCGCCUCCUGCAACAUGCAACCAACAACAACAUCUGCUUUGCCUUCACCUCUGUUCUUCCAGAUGGUCUCAGUGACAAAACACUUGAUGAACACAUCGCCACUACAGUCAAAAGCAUUACUGAAAAUACAAAUGUCAAGGUCAUUGUGUCCUUUGCCAAACCUUACCACAUGACGAAGCUUUUUAAUUGUCUUCUUGAGGAUGCUCGAGGCAGAGAGAAAGUUUGGGUGGCCAGUGAUACUUGGUCAGAUUCAACUGAUAUUAAUCUGAAACAAUGGAAUUUGAGUGAUAUAGGAACAGUUUUUGGGACAACUCUUAUAUCUGGAAACUCAACCAGGUUUAAGCAGUAUCUCCGUAAUCUUGAUGUAAACCCUGAUCACCAGAAGAACAACACAUUCUUGUAUAACUUUCUGAAGGAGCACCAACAAGAUCCCAGAGACACAACCACCGAGGUUUUAAUGAAGAAGAUAAACCCCUAUGCUGUGCUUAGUAUUGAGUUGGCAGUUAGAGCUAUUGCUAAGGCUGUUGUAGACCUCUGCAACAACAGGGACUGUAAGACUAGCCAGAGAUUGGAGCCAGGGGAGUUACGAGGAGCCUUAAGGAACGCAACAUUCCACAUGGAUGGGAAAAACUAUACGUUCGACAGCAGGGGUGACCUCAACUCAGGAUAUGACGUCAUCCUGUGGAGACAGACAUCAACAUCUGCGAACGUCAGCUACGUUGUAGCUAAUUACAGUAUAGGAAACCAGGACCUCACUUUCAUCUCACAGCAAACACAUGAUGAUGUCAACAAUGUCACAGUAGAUGUGAUUUCCAGGUGCUCAAACAGCUGUGAUCCAGGCUACAGGAAGAAGUCAGCUCAGCGCCACCCGCUUUGCUGCUAUGAAUGCGAGCCCUGUCCUGAGAACUACUAUUCCAACACCAGCGAUUCCACAGAGUGUCAUCGGUGCGACCCUGACACCCAGUACUCCAACAACAGAAGUGAGAUGUGUACCCCUAAGACUGUUGUCUUCCUGAAAUGGACUGAUCCAUAUAAUGACGCGCUGCUGGCAUUUACUGCUGUAGGGGCACUGCUUACCAUUGUUGUUGGGAUCAUUUUCCUUGCACGCUGGAAUACUCCUGUUGUGCGUGCAUCUGUGGGACCCAUCUGCAUCCUCCUCCUCUUCUCUCUCUUGAGCACAUUUGUGAGUGUGAUACUAUUUGGUGGUAAACCCAACACCAAGCAAUGCCAAGCUCGGCAGGUACUGUUCGGCUUGAGCUUCACCCUCUGUGUUUCCUGUAUCAUGGUCAAGUCCUUCAAGAUCAUCUUGGCCUUUGAGUUUGACCCUGUGUUAAGAGAGUUCCUGAAGAAGCUCUACCAGCCUUAUAUCAUUAUUGCAGUGUGCAUGGCAGGUCAAGUGUUGAUCUGUGCCCUGUGGCUUUCACUCAAGUCUCCAGAGCCUGGUUAUGAUAACAUGAAAAACCAGAUGGAGCGUCUGCACUUUUGCAAUGAGAUGUCCUACAAAACAUUUGGAGUCAUGCUAGGCUAUAUUGGCAUUUUAGCUCUGAUCUGCUUUGGUGUUGCUUUCAAGGGUAGAAAGCUGCCUCAGUGUUACAAUGAUGCAAAGUUCAUCACCUUUUCUAUGCUGAUUUAUUUCAUCUGCUGGAUCAUCUUCGGCCCAGUUUAUGUCACUGUCAAAGGCACCUACCUUCCAGCAGUGGAGAUGGUCGUCAUCCUCAUCUCAGCCUAUGGCAUCCUGUUCUGUCAGUUCAUCACAAAGUGUUACAUUAUUCUGUUCAAGCAGGAAGCAAACACAGAGAGUGCUUUCCGUGAGAGUCUUAGGAAUUAUUCCUUGAGUGACAUCAAAGAUGGAGAUGGUAACUGGGUCUCUUCGUUUAGCCCCGGGGGGAUCCAAACCAUUGCUGUAGAUGUGGAGGCACCAAUGCCAAACUCAGUGUCAUCAGAUCAACUGACUGACCGGAGCCCAUCCAUCAGCUCUGGUGAGUCAGUAUUCUCUCUUUCGCCAAGCUUGAAUCCACCACUAAUAAGGCAGAAGAGCAACAACAGUAAGAAACAGUUAAGGAGAUUUUUAAGCUUGCCAUCAUAAAUAAUGAGUAACACAGAAAUUAAAUAUUCAUUAAAUAUUGUGUAGCACAAAACAUAAUGGUUCAAAUAUUAUGGCUGCCACUAACCAUUAUGUUCAUUUUUGAUCAGUUAUCAUCAAUCAAUUAUUUAUUUUGUCUGGAAAAUGUAGGGAAAUAGUAUAAAAAUUGGAAAUCACAAAGUAAUAUAAUUUCUAAAAGCCUAAUGUGAAAUAUUCAAAUUGUUUACUUCACCAACAGCCAAAAUGCAAAAUGAUAUCAAUCGAAGCACCAAGUCCUUAUAUUUUAAUACCUAUGGUACAGAGGUUCAUGGUGCAUAGAAGAGACCCACGUACUUUUCAUCUACCGCCACUAGCUGUUCAGUUAUUUUUACUUAUCUGGUGAAAUUUGUCAACAUCUACUUGGCUUAGUUCAGAAUUUUGUGUAGCCCCAAAUGAUGAAUCCUACUGACUUUGAUCAUUUCCUGAAUUUUCCUCAUGUUUCCCUCUGGAUGAACUCUUUUCAUUUUGGUGAUUCUUUAAGUUUUCAUCUAGGACCACUAUCAGGUUGAAACCUAAGGGUACACUAAGCUGGUGAACAUGGCUACUAAAACGUCUGUUAGCUUUAAGUCAUUCUGAGUGUGUUAGCAUGCUGAGGAAUUUAGCUCUUAGCACCACUCUGUCAUAUUACAUCCUCACUGAGCUGUUAGCAUGGCUAUGGACUCUUGUUAACUAUCUUGUUACUUGAAAAAUGACUGAAAUAAAUGUUGCUGAUUUAUCCUCUGUUGAUUGAUUUGUCAAUUAAUUGACAAACUGUCUCAGCUUUAACUGUCAUAUUGAUAGUAUUUAAUGUUUUAAUAAGCACAAAUGAUUGUAGCUCUCGCUAAGGUGCUUACAGCAUGAGUGGUAAAUUUCACAAAUUAAUUUGUCAUAUUUAAGCUUUGAUAACAGUCAAAUAAUAAUGAAGUAAUAUGUGUUAUAAAACCUAUAAUUCAACAGAUGAAUGGUACAAUACAUUGUAGUGAGCUGGAUUAGAUUCUGAAUUUUUCCUGAUGUACAAACACACCUCUUGUUAAAAGUCAUUGUGACAACAAUCAGUACUCUGCUUUGUAAUGACUGCAUUGCCAUUCUGAAUUAUUAUGUAAGCUCUGUUUCUCUGUUAUGUUUUUAUAUCUAUAAUCACCCAUAAAUAUAUGUGAUGGUUGAGAAUAAAGAAUAUCUUUCUAAGGGUUACAA